AUGACUGAACUCCGUCGGAAGUUGGUAAUCGUCGGUGAUGGUGCCUGUGGAAAGACUUGUCUUCUGAUUGUUUUUAGCAAGGGAACCUUCCCCGAGGUUUAUGUUCCAACAGUGUUCGAGAACUAUGUGGCCGACGUUGAGGUAGACGGCCGCCAUGUUGAACUGGCUCUUUGGGAUACGGCUGGUCAGGAGGAUUAUGAUCGUCUUCGUCCACUCUCGUACCCAGACUCUCAUGUGAUUCUGAUUUGCUUCGCCAUCGACUCUCCGGACAGUCUUGAUAACGUCCAGGAAAAGUGGAUCUCUGAAGUUCUACACUUUUGCCAAAACUUGCCGAUCAUUCUAGUGGGCUGUAAGAAGGAUCUUCGUCGCGACCCGAAAAUCAUCGAGGAGCUUCGCAAGACCAGUCAGCGUCCUGUCACACCAGAGGAAGGUAUGGCAGUGGCUUCUAAGAUUGGUGCUGUGCGCUACCUAGAGUGCAGCGCCAAGACGGGCGAGGGUGUGCGGGAAGUCUUCGAGCAUGCCACUCGUGCUGCACUCAUACAGAAGCCGCGCGGCAGCCGGAGCGGCAAGUCUAAGUGCCUUGUGCUCUAA